AUGAAUUCAGCGGCCCGGCUUCUGCCCUUCCUUACGGCAGUGCGCAGCAGUGGCUCUGGACUGGAAGUCUUCCAAGACCCGCAAAUUCAGAGCGCCAUAGAAGUGAAGGUUUUCAUUUCUACGGGCGGGUCCGUUUCCAUGAGUGGCCACGGCAGCGUGGGUCAAAGUACACCCAGAUCUACGGCGAAAGGACAGCGUGGCCGUAGCGGUCGCCCACACGACGUCCCUGGCACGGUCAGCAUCCACGGGCGCAUCGUCAACUUGUAUGGACAGCUGUUGCCUGGGCGGCCGGCCGACGAUGCACCGAUGGGCGGUUGGCCAGGCACGGGACGCUUCGUGAGUGCUACCGAGGCGGCAGAGGACACCCGCGGCGCCAGAUUUCGGUGGUUCGAAGCUGGUUUGGCCUCGUUGGCUCGCGCUGUGCCCUCGUCAUGCUCUCUGGCCCUCCCGACGCGGAUCGGCUGCGGGCUGGCGGGUGGACGCUGGCCACAGUACCUGGCAGCCCUGAAGCGCUUCUGCGAGGAGAAUCGCAAUCUCUCCGUUGUGCUCUAUGACAUCGAGGGAUCAGAGGCGACUGGCUACGAGGCGGCGCAGGCAGCCCCUGCAGCUGCAUCGGUACCGAGACCGAGGGCCAAUCCAGAGAAGAGCAGCGGCAGUUCGGCGUUCUGGAGUUCCGCAACCUUCGAAGUGCUUCGCGACGGGCAAUGGACUCCGUAUCCGCAGGCUCGCCAGGAGGAGUUGCGAGCUGCACUGCUACGCGAGGAUGACUGUCUGGAGGUCUUGGUGGAUGCGGAGCGCCGCUCGGCACUGACAGCGCUCCAGGAGCUUGGCGCUUGCCCGAGGUCGCUUGGAGGUGGUGUCGAGUCAUCAGCCGCGAGCCUUGUCGUGCGCUGGGACGACGGCGAGGGGCCCGUGGAGGUGAACUUGGCUUCCAUCGUGUCCCUCGCUGCUCUUGGUGAGGAGCGAAGCCCCCAGGGCACCGCCCAGGUGCGUUUGCACCUGCCAGCGGUCCGCGAAGGUGAGCUCCGUUUGCCCGCCGACCUGGAUCACUCUACUGCACCGGAGGCUCAAAGUUGCGGCCGUCGCGUCGACCCUGCCGAACUGCCGCAGCAGUCGUCCGGCUGCCGCAUUUGCUUAGGCGACUUCUCUUACUCAAAGCGGCCGAGUGCUUCCCAGCAGGUCAUUGAGCUGUUCUGCGGCCAUGCCUUCCACGAAGCCUGCCUAAACCGCUGGUUUGAAGAAAGCAGGCGAUGCCCGACCUGCAAGCGUCGCUUUGGCCACCUCGUGGGAAACCAGCCUGGGGUUGGUUCCAUGUCCUGGCGGCUCGACAGCCGGCUUCGGCUGGCCGGGCAUCCCGACAGCUUCACGAUCGUCAUGAACUUCCGCUUCCCUGGUGGAAGAGAUGCAAAGGGUGAGCCAUUUGCUGGACGGAGUCAGCAGGCUUUUCUUCCGCACGACGAGCAGGGGAAGCUGUUGCUGGCCCUCUUUCAACUCGCCUUCAGGCGGCGUGUGAUGUUUGACCUGCGAGUGUCUGCUACGGACGAGAAGUAUUGGCCGGCCUUCAACAUUCACUUGAAGACAGCCCUCGCUGGGGGUCCAGAACGGUUUGGCUUUCCAGACGAAAGCUACAGCCAGCGUGUGCUGGAGGAGCUCCGACAGAAUGGCGUGACGGUGGCCGAGCUCUGA